AUGGGAGUUAGCAAUAGUAUUUUUUUUAGAAAGGUAAAUGCGAUUAGAGAUGAAUACAAUGGCCGUAGGAGAGGAACGCAUCUAGACCGUGAUCCACAAACAACGCCAACUAGAUAUGCCAGGUCAUUUAUAAUAAAUGGAUCAAAAAUGAGAUAUCCUUUACCAUUGAAUGCGGACGAAGAAAAAAGUUGGUUGGAGGAUCUACAACAUUAUUUAGCUAGGCAUCUAUGGCAAAAUAAUUUCUCGUCUCCUAUAGAAAAUUUGCUUAAACGUGGUGCUAGAGUAUUAGAUCUUGGAUGUGGCACUACCACCUGGUCAUUCGAAAUGGCCAAAGAUUAUCCGAAAAGUAAAUUCUCGGUUGUCGAUUUCGCUCCCAUACCAACAAAUAAACACGUGAAAAACAUUGAAUUCUUUCAACAUAGUCACGGUGACUUGCCCUUCGAAGAUAACACAUUUGAUCUCGUCUUCGUUCGACUUGUCGGAUUAUCUGAAGAGGAGUGGAAAGACGUUUUAAAAGAUAGUUAUCGAAUUACCUCCGCAGGGGGAUGGAUUGAAUUCAUGCAAAUGGAUUCGAGAUUUUCCAAUUGUGGUCCCCACUUGGAAAAGUGGAAUGAUAUGGUUGCGUCGAGUGAUUCCACUUGUGAUAAGCUAGAAGAUUUGCUACUAAAAAGAAAUUUUCCAAACUUACGACAUGAAGUCGCAAUUGUUCCUAUUGGAAGUUGGGGCAAGAAGACAGGUGAACUUUUGUUUGCAUAUAUGCGACAUCUUUUAUGCAAAGUGAAGUCCGAGAUAAGUCAACCGGGUAUAAUCGACGAACUUGAUGAAAUAAUGGAAAGAGCCGACCAGGAAUGUGCUCAACACAAGACCUAUGGCUCUUUACAUAGGUUUAUGACACAAAAAAAUUUAUAA